GCGCACGCAGAACGCGGGUCCGGUCGCAUCUCUAUACCUUUUCUCUUCGCCACGGUCGAAACACCGCGGCGUAGUACAAAAAACUUCUCGGAGCAUCUCCCAGUCGGGUCCUGUCUUUAAGAUCCCGUACUUACCAGUCUUCCGAUACUAUUCCUUCGGUGCGGGCAAAUAUCUCGAUUACCACCUCGGGGAAGCAGUUGGUCAGCAUCCACCAUCACUUCCUGAGCUGAGAUCACUUUCUCGCCUCGGCUCGAGGUCAAUUAGCCGCCGACUGUGCUUGCUCACCCGGAAUCCUUGCGGAAGGAAUCACGCAGAAGCUGAGCCGACAUCCUGUCUGAUUGCUUCGUUCACCAUGGGGUCCCCCAAGCUAACCACAAUGACAUUCUUGGUGUGCGCCACCUUGACCUGGUCUCUGUCCCACGCGGCGCCGGUUAUGACGCUGGUUGGCUCCUCGACUCAAGUCAGCAUACACGCCGUUACCGAUCCUAGCACCACGACCGCCGUUCCUCUCGAAAGCAGCAGCGCCGUCUUCAAGGCCGAGGUCCAGAGUGGUACCGAGGCGGGAGCGUCCACUGUCGGAGACUCAUACACAUCCGUGACCACAGCUGCCGCUUCCGCCGAGUCGACGGUGGCGGCGUCCUCAACGGAGAACCCUUCUUCGCCCUCGGAGUCUGCGUCCACAGCUGGGGAAGUGACCAUAGCGGCGAUGGAAGCAGGCCACGAAGACAAGACCGUGAGAGUGACCGCCACCUCUGGUCCGGAGACUUCGCCAGUGGUGUCGGCGGCCAGUGAAGAGCGGUCCGGCGAGUCCAAGCCCGCGACGGCAGCGGCGGAACAGCCAAGCAAGAGCGACGCGACAGCCUCCACCGAUGGGCCGGUCACAACAGCCGCUCGCCAGGAGGAAGCGGAAGGCCGAUCUGGCGAUCAGAGCACCAACUCACCGCCAGUGACGACCCCAGCUGUCGUUGUCGAGGCAAUGGAGAAGGCGUCGGAGGCGUCACCAGUUCCGGUCGCGGAAUUCAGGGAAGACGCUCCGACCACCGAAGCUCAGAACAAGGAUACGUCGGCAUCGGCAGUCGCUGACGCGACAACCGCCACCGCCGGUGCAACACAGGAGGCAACAGCGAGUCCGAGCUCGUUGGCUUCAACCGAGGCAUCAGCCGCAAGCACUGAAGCUACGGUUGCCGCUGCUCACGCAGCCGUCGAAGCUCACAGCGAGACACCGGUCGCUGUCACAACAGAAAACGUCCCUCCGUCGAGCCCCGCUAGCACUACGGUGACACCGGCGAGCACCGAAGUCAAGGCAGAGCCCGCGGAACCCGUCCAGGCAGCAUCGUCCGUGAACGAAACCACGGUGGAAGCCCCCAAAGCCGUCGCCGAAGCCGCCGCUGUUGAAAAGGCAGCCGACACCGAAGGACGCUCUGAAACCGCGGUUCCGGUAACUAGCCAGGUCCCGGAGACCAAGCAGGAGAACACUGAAGAGAAGGCCUCGGUGACGACGACCGCCGCUAGCACCGGAGCCCCGUCUUCCACUGAGAGUUCCACCGCCGCAACAACAACGGAAGUGGUUGCGCGAGCAGCCGCGCAAGAAGAGGAGACAAAGAGCAGCACGCAGGUGUCUACUCAGAGCGAAAGCAGCACGGAAGCGGAAAAGACUAGCGACACUGCCUCUUCGUCCGAAAAACCGGCCGUCUCUGAGGUACAGUCUACGACUGCAGCCGUAGUCGCCGAAGCGAUGGAGUCCGCGGACAAGAGCAGCGUCGCAGUAUCCAAGCCCACAGAGGUGGCUUCUACCCAAACUGCCGAAGCCAUGGCGGCGACGACGGCUGGUGCUCCGGCAGCAGCGACCACAAGCGAGGCGGCAAUGCAGACUUCGACGAACGGAUCGACAGAGUCCAGCUCAGCACCAGCAGUCACCGCCGCUGCCGUGAUGGAAGAAUCGUCGACCGCUUCAAAGGUAGAGGCGACGCACGCAGCAACGACUACCGUUGCGUCAUCGACCACGACCGCGUGAUUGUCCAACUGACUUUUCGUGCUUGCUUCUACGAUUGAGUAUACGGUGUGCGGCCACUAAAUUAUUUCCCGAAGGCGUGUUCUCCACAGCUGAUCAAUGCGGUCUUGAAAGAAGACAACGAAAAAAAAAAAUUUUUUUUUUUUAAUGCGUGCAGGAUAUUUUGUUGUUCCAGUUCUCUUCUCGAAUUGUACAGACUUUUCUUUUUCUCGUUUCUACCAGCUUAGAGGAACAGUCGUCGACAAUCACGAUUAUUUUUCUUUGUCUACUUAAGCUGAAAAAAAUAAAUAAAACUCGUGCUAGGGGGUGUUUUGUUCCUAUUUACGGAACACAGUGUGAUUGUUAAAUAAAAAUAUGAGAACCAA